GCUCAUCGUGGACAAAAAGCAAAAUCUUUGGUGUACAAGCACAUCGAAGGCUUCUCCCCAUACACCACUGCUGCUACCUCCCCCACUGCUUCACCCGCUUUGAAAAGAGGAGAGAACAGAAAGUGACAAAUAUAAACAGUGGGACGCCUGUGUUGAAGAAAAUUACCUCCCAGAACCAUUGGCAUGUGGCCAGCACCAAGACGUUCAUCUGCUGUGUGCAGAGUCUGACUCACGGACACAACGUAGAGGGAGGGACGAGAGAAUGAGAGAGUGAACAAGACGGGAGAGAGCCUGAGCAAAUCUCAGGCUGUGAACAAGGGGCAGCAACUGGAAGCGGGAGAGAGGUGGACAAGCCACAACAUCUGAAAGUGUUAAACCUGUGAUCGCGGUAGGUGAUGCGGAGCAAGACUGGGGGUUACUCCAACAUGUGGAAGCAAAACAAAUUCCACAUCAUGGACUGCUUCAGACAGAGACAGAUUUAGGCUUUGCAGCUGAGGGAGGGCAUGCUUUGUCACGCUCUUACUUGGUGGACGGUGGAAAUAUAAAGAUGAGAAAGGAAAUGUUGAAGAAGACGUAGUGUUUAUCAGCACAAAGUUUUGCUUGCGUAACGAAAGACUUGUAGCGCUGUCUGGAAACGUCAAACAGCAACAAACUUUACGCUCAGGAGCAGGAUGAUGCACUGGGUAACGGAGCUUCUGCUGCCUGGGAAAACGAGGACCCCGAGUAACAGUUCACUGUGGAAGUAAUUCUCGUGUUGGGAUUACUGCCAGCAUUGGAGUUUGUAGCACAGGACCCAUUUUCAGUGGAUUCUCUACAGAUUUUUUAGCUUUUCCUCAUGGUUUUUACACUUCACAAGGGAUGACGCAUCCUGUUCACUGAUCCUGAGCUGCCCCACACUAGCCUUUUGCCCUUGCCUGUGGGACCCAGUGACCAUGCUGACCGAGUGUCCAACACCAGAAAGAUCAGAGCCCCGACCCACGCUCAGAGCAGCUGUGACCUCUGCAGCAACAUGUCUCAGGCAGUCGCGGCUCCACUUGAGAUUAACAGCUCGUGGCCAGGAGAGGAGUCUGGGGUUCAGCUGAGAUGGGCCGCCCUGCUUAUCGUGAUGGUCAUCAUCCCCACUAUCGGGGGCAACAUCUUGGUCAUUCUUGCGGUUUCCCUCGAGAGAAAGCUGCAGAAUGCCACAAACUACUUUUUGAUGUCACUUGCCGUUGCUGAUCUACUGGUGGGACUUCUAGUGAUGCCCAUUGCUCUUGUCACCGUUCUCUACAACUCUGGCUGGCCUCUUCCUGAGUUCCUCUGCCCUAUUUGGAUCUUCCUCGAUGUGCUGUUUUCUACAGCAUCAAUCAUGCACCUAUGCGCCAUUUCACUGGAUCGCUACAUUGCCAUCAAGAAGCCAAUCCAACACAGCCAGUACAAAUCCAGGUCAAAGGCAAUGGUGAAGAUUGCACUGGUGUGGCUCAUAUCCAUAUGUAUCGCCAUCCCUAUUCCAAUAAAGGGACUCAUGAACUACCACCUUCCCAACAAUGUCACCUUCAACAGUAACCACACAUGCCUGCUGAAAACCGACACCUUCCGGGAAUUCAUCAUGUUUGGUUCCUUGGCAGCAUUCUUCAUCCCUUUGACCAUUAUGCUGGUCAUCUACCUUCUCACUGUUCAGGUGCUGCGCAAAAAGGUUUAUUUGCUCCAGUCAAGGGUGACUCAGCGCUUUAGUUCCCAAGCAGUCUCCACAGUUUUUCAAAGGGAACAGGGUGUGCCCUUACCUCAGACUGAGCAACUGAACAUGCUAGACAACAGACUUCCCAGGAUGCAAGAAAAAUCGAAUGCAGGCACAACAAACUCUCCUACAAGAGGUGAGAUUAACUUUCGGAGAUUGUCGACAAUGGGCAAGAAGUCAAUGCAGACUCUGAGCAAUGAGCAGCGCGCCUCAAAGGUUCUGGGCAUCGUCUUCCUUCUCUUCGUAGUGAUGUGGUGCCCCUUCUUCAUCACCAACAUCACCUCUGUGCUAUGUGCCAGCUGUAAUGUUAAUGUGAUGGCCCGCCUCAUGGAGAUAUUUGUUUGGGUUGGUUAUGUGUCAUCCGGUAUCAACCCGUUGGUCUACACUCUGUUCAACAAAACUUUCAGACAGGCAUUCGGGCGUUAUAUGACUUGUAAUUACAAAACUGGUCACGAGCCAGGAAGCCAACCAGGGGCCUCACAUGCAGAUCGGUCGCUCACACGGAUUUCAUUCAGCUCUUCUAUGGCGGCAAACUCUAAACGGUUUAUGAAACGAGGAAUGAAAAACGGCAUUGGAACGGUGAGCUAUCAAAGUCCGCUUAAGUGCAGACAAGCAACUGUACAGUCAUCUGGUGGCGUUGUGUUAGACACAAUGCUUCUGACUGAGAAUGAAAGUGGUAAGCAUGAAGAACAUGUUAGCUCUGUGUAGAUAUUUGGACAUUAUCCAAUUAAAGGGGGAGCACUUGAAGAGGCUCAGAUUUAUGUUCUGUACUUUUUUUAAAGACAAAAUGCUAAAUUAAAAAUUUGGAACUUACUGUUGCGCAAGAAGUAAUUUAAGGCCAGGAAUCACCCCACACAACAAAAUCAAACCUGCUGCGAAUUUAAAAGCGAAACGAGGCAAUGCUACAAAGUAUGUCAAAGCUGUGAAUUCAAAGACCGAAAGACAGAUCAUAACACAGAAUCAAAGAGAAAAAUCAAAGUUCAGUAAUGGAAACACUAUGGUAACCUGGAAGCUCUUAUAAAUGCAGUAUACAAUAUAUUGUUAUGCCGAACCUUUCAACUUGUGCCAUCUAAAUAUGAUGUAAAACAUCUCAGACCACAUGCUUUCAUUUUCAGACAACCACAACUCAACCUCUCAAAUCUCUUCUGCAAUAGACACAUAAUGCAUUGUACUCUUGAAAUGAUGCGUAUUGUAUUUGCUGGAUCUUUGGAAAGUGCCCUCUUGUAUGUGUAUUACAGCCUGAUGUUGACACGAUAACAAGGUUUCCAAAUAAAAAAAAUGCUAUAUAAAAAGAACAAAAUUCAAAAUAAAUGAAUGCUGUCUUGCUGAAUUGAAAGAAAAUUAUAAAAGAUCUGAGUAUCUGUACCAAUAUCAGCAAUUAGAAAUGCCUCAUUCAUUAAUAUGUUGAUUUGGUCAUGAAUGUGCAAAGACGGACAUUUGAAAGUGACUCCAUAAAGUACUAUAUUUUUGGAAUAAUAAGGAGGAAUAUUGUUACAAUUCCAGGGGUCUACAGUUUUAAAAAAAAGGCACGAGCAAAAUAAAACCGUACAAAUAUCAGAAGCAAUUUCUCAAGUCCCUAUACACUUGAUAAUAUCAAAUUGAAGUGUUUUAAGAACAGUGCAGAUAUCCAAACAUAUAUCAGUGUAUGGGGUUUAGUGAUAUUUAGUGGCGAAGUUGCAUAUUGCAAGUGAAAGGCUCUCUCUAUCGCCAGUGUUUGAUCUGUCCAUUCUGGACUACUGUCAAAACAUGGCGGUGCAAUGGGAUGGACUUGUUGUAGAUGUUGAUAUCAGGGGUUCAUUUUGAGUUAUAUACAUUAGUAAGAAACUAAACUAUAAUAAUAAUAAACUAUGUUUAAUUCCAUAUUGGCAGAAAGAUCCAAUAGAUCCUUUACGCUGGUUCUUCAAAAAGAUUAAAUAUAACAGACUUAUAAAAAGCAUGUCUCAUUUUUUACAAGGCGGAACUCUGUUGAUUUAUUAAGAAAAUUGCAAAACAUUUAAACUUGGAGAUGUCCAGUUGUGCUUGUUGGGGGGGUGGAUGGAGUUUCCUCGAGUCAUUUUGGUGGAAAGCUGUUCUGGUUCAGAAGUCAAAAUUCUAAACAAAGCGAAGAUUUACACAUGGUUUGUCUAGCAGCCAAUUGAUCACACAGAAUAUCCCAUAGCCUUUUUUGGGCUUAAAAAUGUACACCAAGACAUUUGUGCACUGGAUAGGCUCUGUGAUCAACACUGCUCUGGUCUCUGAUGGCUAAUUCCCUAUAAAUAGCCAAGGAAGAAAAUGUGUGAGGGACAAUGACAAGAAGGUUCAGCCAUGGAAUACCUUCCAUGAAGAACAGGAUGUUACUGAAAAGACAACGGUGCAUCUACCUCAUCAAAGAGGUGUUUGUGUACAUCCAGUAGAUGCCUGGUAAUUAGGGCGUAACAGAAAACUAGAAUGCAACGGAAACUAGAAUUAAGAAAAUGUUCUCUUAAUUUUAAUCAACAAGAAUCGUUCCAAUAGUUGCUGAUUGGUACUAUGUCAAUAUUUGGCAUAACUGCAGCACAACCAUUCAUUUUAAACAUACUGGUGCUUAUCGAAUUAGAACAAAUAAAGUUUUUAUGAGUCCUUUUGUAUGGAAAUCAGCAAACAAGAAAACUAUUUCAAUGAUAUUUGUGAUGAACACAACCAAAGACAUUACCCUUAUUACUGUACAAUAAAAUCUAUGUCAAAAGUAAGUAUUAAUCAUUUUUUUUAGGGCUGGCUAUGGCACAAACCUUUUAAUGCAGGUUUCAGUAGAGUAACUUUGUUUUAAUGCUCUUCUAAACAACACCUUGAGGGAAUACGAUAAUG